ACAUUUUUUUUCGUUCUUUAUAAAUAAUUCAGUUGUUUUCAUCAUCCAAAGUAAAGAAUGAAACAAGUUUGAAUUUGGAAAUCGAAUUAUUUAAACUGACAUAUACAUAUUUAAAUUUAAAUAGAAUGAAUUUUGUGGGGAAAGUAGUUUUAAUAACUGGUGCAAGUUCUGGCAUUGGUGCAGCAACAGCAAUUCAUUUUUCCAAGCACGGAGCCAAAUUAGCUUUAACUGGAAGAAAUGCUGAAAAUUUACAAAAAAUUGCUAAGCAAUGUGAAAAUUCUAAAGAGGGUAAUUCAAAGCCUCAUAUAAUACCUGGAGAUUUAACUAAUGAGAGCGAUGUAAAAAAUAUUUUGUCAUCAACAAUAAAGCAGUAUGGAAAAUUAGACGUACUUGUGAACAAUGCCGGUAUCUUGGAAACUGGAUCCAUAGAAACCACAAAUCUCGAACAGUAUGAUCGUGUCUUUAAUGUCAAUGUAAGAUCAGUGUAUCAAUUAACUAACUUAGCUGUUCCAUACUUGAUCCAAAGCAAAGGAUCAAUUGUGAAUGUUUCAAGCGUGAAUGGAAUUCGUUCAUUUCCGGGAGUACUUGCUUAUAAUAUGAGUAAAUCAGCAUUGGAUCAGUUAACUAGAUGUGUUGCUUUAGAAUUGGGUGGCAAAGGAGUACGAGUGAAUAGUGUUAAUCCUGGAGUUACUAUUACAGAAUUACAGAAACGGGGAGGAUUGAAUGAAGAACAGUAUGCAGCAUUUUUAGAACGUUCCAAAGAAACUCAUGUUUUAGGACGCCCUGGAAAAGCUGAAGAAGUUGCACGAACAAUUGCUUUCCUUGCAAGUGAUGAUGCUAGUUUUAUUACCGGUGCCAAUUUACCAGUCGAUGGAGGUCGUCACGCUAUGUGCCCACGUUAAAUUUGGUUACUUUAUUAUAUUGUCUUACGAAAAUCGAUUUUAAUGAAUAAAAUUCUAUUUUUAUAUAUA